GGCCCAUAUACGUUAAUGUAUCAGAUACGCAUUGCUGUUGUUUAUUUCCCGCGCAAUCAGACGGCGAGAACCCUAGAGAGAGAGAGAAAAGCCCACAGCAGUCUCGAGAUUAUAUGUGUAGAGCGAGGAAAAGAGAGGGGGCAUAUACAAGAUAAGGCGUAUUUAGAAGAGGUCUUGGCGUCAAUUUGUGAAUUAGUUAUAAAAUCGAAGCUUUAUUCGUCAGAUCUGUGAGUUCUUGAUUGCUAUUUAGGUAUUCAGGGUUUGAUAAUUAUGGACAAGUUGAAGACUGUGGCUUUGGGGAGUAAUUCACAGUCCGAUAUUGAAGCUCGAUUUACUGAAUUUUGCAAGAAGGGAUUAUCGAUGGACGAGAGUACUCUGACGGAAGCUACGAAGCUGUUUGAUGGAAGUAAACACCUUCUGCAGACUAAUACAUAUGCAACUGUUGGAAUUGGAACGCCAGAAGAAGCAGAACGUUAUUGGUUUGCUUUUGUUCUGUACUCAGUGAAAAGACUGAGUGAGAGUACUUCAGAUAGCUCAAACUCGGAGGCGGAUGACAAAGGGAUUACCUUAUGCCAGAUAUUGAGAGUGGCGAAGCUAAAUCUUGUGGAUUUUUUCAAAGAAAUUCCUCAGUUUACUGUUAAGGUGGGCCCAAUUUUAAGCAAUCUAUACGGCCCAGAUUGGGAGAAGAGACUUGAGGCAAAGGAGCUGCAAGUCAAUUUUGUGCAUAUGAGCCUUCUAAUCAGGCACUACAAACGUGCUUUCCAUGAACUCUUUUUGGUGAAGGAUUCAGAUUAUUUUCGUUUUGGAUGGUUGCUAUUUCUAGCUCUCCGUGUUCAUGCAUUUAGCCGGUUCAAGGAUUUGGUGACUUGCUCAAAUGGUCUAGUUUCCAUACUGGCCAUUUUGAUUAUACAUGUCCCUAUUCGCUACAGAAAGUUCACCAUCGAUGACUCUUCACGCUUCAUAAACAAAGGCAAUAAAGGCGUGGAUCUGAUUGCUUCACUUUGCAAGAUGUUUGAGACUUCGGAAGAAGAGUUGAGAAAAACAAAUGAUAAAACCAAUGAAGUAAUAGAAAGCAUUUUAAAGCACAAACCUUGUUUGGCCUCAGAAUGUGAACAUGAAAAUCUAUGCAACAUGUGCACAGAUGGCAUGAUUUACUAUGAUGGUUUAUUGGAGGAAAAGGCUUUAUCUACUAAUUUAAGCAUUCUAGAAAAGGACUAUGAAGAUGCAAUCCUUAAUAAGGUUGAAUUAGAUGAAAGAGUGUUCUUGGAUGAAGAUGAUAGUUUGCUUGGGUCAAGCAGCUUAUCAGGAGGUGCCAUAAGUAUAAGUGGGACAAAGAGAAAAUUCGACUCAAUAGCAUCCCCAACAAAGACAAUCACUAGUCCACUUUCUCCCUAUCGUUCUCCUGCAAAAUCUCUUAUGAUUGGAAACCUUGGUACUGGAAAUUCAAGGAUUGCCGCUACCCCUGUGAGCACAGCAAUGACAACAGCGAAGUGGCUGCGAGACGUCAUUUGUCCACUUCCAUCAAAGCCUUCACCCGAUUUAGAAUCAUUCUUGUCAAAAUGUGAUAGGAAUGUUAGUCAUGAUGUUGUGCGCAGAGCAAGUGUAAUACUGGAAGCUAUAUUUCCAAGUAGCAGUCAAGGUGAUCGUAGUGUUACUGGAAGCUUGCAGAGUACAAAUCUUAUGGAUAACAUAUGGGCAGAGCAACGUAGAUUGGAAGCAGUUAAGCUUUAUUAUAGGGUAUUGCAAGCCAUGUGUACAGCAGAAGCCCAAAUUUUAAAUGCAAACAAUUUGACCUCUUUGCUUACUAAUGAGAGGUUUCAUAGGUGUAUGCUAGCCUGUUCUGCGGAACUAGUUCUUGCCACUCAUAAGACAGUGACCAUGUUGUUUCCAGUAGUGUUAGAAAGGACUGGCGUUACAGCUUUUGAUCUUAGUAAGGUGAUAGAGAGUUUCAUUAGACACGAGGAAUCACUUCCAAGAGAACUAAAAAGGCAUCUGAAUUCACUGGAAGAGCGACUUCUGGAGGGCAUGGUAUGGGAAAAGGGUUCCUCACUGUACAAUUCUCUGACAGUAGCACGGCCAGCCCUUUCCGCAGAAAUUAACCGUAUGGGGUUGUUGGCAGAGCCAAUGCCAUCUUUAGAUGCGAUCGCCAUUCAUGUCAAUAUGUCCACUGGAGUUUUGCCUCCAGUGACACCUUUGCAGAAGCAGGAAUCGUCCCCAGGUCUGAUAGGAGAUAUUCGGUCUCCAAAGAGAGUUUGCACUGAAAACCGAAGUGUAUUAGUAGAGCGGAAUUCUUUCACAUCACCAGUGAAAGAUCGCCUUUUAGCCACCAACCUCAAGUCAAGAUUACUGCCUCCAGCUCUGCAGUCAGCAUUUUCAAGUCCAACUAGGCCAAAUCCAGGGGGUGGAGGGGAAACAUGCGCUGAAACUACUAUCAAUGUAUUCUUUGGCAAGAUUGUAAAGCUAGCAGCUGUUCGAAUCAAUGGUAUGACUGAAAGGCUACAGUUGUCACAACAUAUAAAAGAGAACGUGUACUGUCUCUUUCAGAAGAUUCUUUUGCAGCAAAGUGCUCUGUUUUUUAGCCGCCAUAUAGAUCAGAUCAUCCUAAGUUGUCUGUAUGGAGUUGCGAAGAUUUCCCAACUGAGUUUAACUUUCAAAGAAAUCAUUUGCAACUAUAGAAAGCAGCCACAAUGUAAACCUCAGGUUUUCCGAAGCGUUUUUGUCGAUUGGUCAGCAGCUCGCCGGAAUGGGAAAACAGGGAAAGAUCAUGUUGAUAUAAUAACAUUUUACAAUGAAAUAUUUGUCCCAACCGUUAAGCCUCUACUUAUGGAACUUGCGCCUGCUGGAAUUGUUAAAAAGAACAACCAUACAUCAGAAGCUAGCAAUAACAGCGACAAAGAUGUAUUUCUAGGCCAUUGCCCUGGAUCCCCCAAAGUAUCUACAUUUCCCAGUCUCCCCGAUAUGUCUCCCAAGAAAGUUUCUGCAGCACACAAUGUAUAUGUCUCUCCUCUGCGAUCAUCCAAGAUGGAUGCUCUAAAUUCCCAAAGGUCUAAAAGUUACUAUGCUUGUGUUGGAGAGAGCACCCGUGCUUACCAAAGUCCUUCCAAAGAUCUUACGGCCAUUAAUAACCAUCUGAACAGCCCCAAGAAGUUGAGAGGUAUGCUCAAGUUUGAUGACGUUGGAAUUGUUAGCGACUCUCUGGUUUCCAAAAGCUUUCACCUUCAAAACAGUAGUAGUGUGUCCUCAUCUGGAACAAUGGUGAAAACAGAACAACCUGAUGUGUAAUCUUAGCUUCCUUAGCAGCAAGGGAAAUCACAGGUUCUCUCCCUGAUGUUUUUGUUAACUUGCAAAACAGAAUGUGUGUUAGGUUUGUGUCGGGGGGUUUGUGGAAGCGGUGUCUUACUGUAAAUUAUUACCUCAUCCGCCACCAGCUCCAGGUGAUAUUCAAGAAAUGAUAUUUAGAUGUCCGUUUCCCUCGGAUUCACAAAUGCAGUAAUGCUCUUUUUUUUCCUUGCUGGUUUUAGGCUUUAUUUAUAGAAUCAAAUUAAAUGUUUUGUUAUUUCAUAUACAAGUCAGUUUUCUACUGUCGUCA